AUGCGACCCGGCUUCGAUUCAUGGCGCGAACAAUGGCGCGCUAGUGUACCGCCCGGCCACCACCCAAUGGACUACAACCCCUGGGGCUGGCAUCCCCACCGCUACCGCCGCUUCGGCUUCGGAAGACGACUGUUCUGGUUCGGCUUCGGCGCAUUUGCAACGAUGGCAUGCAUGCGGCAUCAUGGGAUGAUCCAAAUGAGCCAUGAAGGGGAGCGCGGGCGCGGGGAGUGGGAUGGCGGAUGGCAUGGGCGUGCAUGUCGACGCGUUGAGUAUACGCCUCGGCUUGUGCCGGAGGACGAGAAGGACGAUCGCUGGGGACCGUGGAGCCGCGGAUGGCACCACCGUCGUCGAGAGGAGCAGGCCGCUCAGCGUGCUGCCGAGACGCCUGCGCCCGCACCCGCACCCGCUCCGCCGGCUGCACAUAGCGUACCGGUACAAGCCAUCACUGGGCAACAUACACCGGCACCGCAUCCGCCGCCGGCGGGAACUACAAUACCCGUCGUAGAACAACAGUGGGAAGCCGACAUGCGCGCCUUUACACGGCAAGCCUCCGAACGCGUCACGGAGUUGUCCGAGGCGACGAUCGACUCGCUCGUAUCGGGUUUGCAGGGCCUCAAGACGCGCCUGGCGGAGCACCGGGCGGAGGUGCAGAAGGGGCUUGCUGAGGAGGAGCAGAAGCGUCAGCAGGCGAGGGCGGGGCAGGCGCUUGCGUUGCCGGUGCAGCAGCAGCAGCCGAACUCGUCCGGAUCGCAACCGCCUCGUCUUGUCUGA